GCGCGUGACUGCGGGAGGUGCACGCGCCUCCUCCCGCCGGAUAAAGGAGAGCAGGUCGGGCAGGAGGCAGACAUGGAGGAGCUGAGUGCCGUCGGAGAGCAGGUCUUUGAUGCGGAAUGCAUCCUGAACAAGCGGCUGAAGAAGGGAAAGUUGGAGUUUCUGGUGAAGUGGAGAGGCUGGUCGUCCAAACACAACAGCUGGGAGCCCCAAGAGAACAUCCUGGACCCCCGUCUGCUGGCUGCCUUCAACAGGAAAGAGCAAGAGAAGGAGCUUCUGAUACUUAAGAAGGGGAAGCGGCCGAGAGGACGGCCGCGGAAAAUUCUAGAAAACGUUCCCGACGCCCAGAGAUCAAGCAGCUCAUCAUCUGGCUCCUCAUGGUCCUCAGACUCCUCCUCCUCAUGCUCCUCAGACUCCUCCUCAUUGGAUGAUGCCGAGGACGACGAACGCAUGGCUCUGGAGCCACCGGGGGUCCGGACCCGAGACCUCCACCCUCCCCAGAAGAAGGCGCAGAUUCUUGUGGCCAAACCAGAGCUCGCCAAAAAGUGGAUCAGCCAGCCUCUGUCUCUCGAUGCCAGAGAGCUCCAGCAGGGGAGGUGACUCUGCAAGGGGCCCAGAGACGGCGAGCUUCCCGGCGCCAUCAAGAAGCCCGUUAACCCGGCGGGCUUCACCUUCAUGGGGUUCCACCGGGGCAUCCCACGGGACGCGGCGGCCGGUCCGACCAGGGGCUCUCCGGGUCCGGGGGGGUCCGUUAAACACUGUGUGCGGUCGGUGCAGCCCGCCCCCCUUUCCCUGAGCAGGCCCGUCCCGAGCAGGAGCCUCGGCGAGGGCAAGCUGCCCGUCUCCGGCGGGACGGACACGGAUCCGAAAGCGUCCGCAGGGAAAUCGAAAGGGGUGGCCGCGUUGAAUUUAAAUACCCCCAAACACCCCGCUCAAGGAACCGCCUAUCACUCGCCGAGCCCCCCCACGGGACAUAAAAAGCCCCCGCCCCCCGGGGGUAAAGUGGCGGCCGCUUUGCCGCCGAACAACGCGCCUGCCGGUCAAUGCCCCGGCCCUCCGCCGCUGAACCUCCAGGGCAGACGGGCGCAGAGCGGGGGCGUGGCCGGGGGCCCGAGGUCUGCCGCCCACCCGGCGAGGCAAACCCCCGUCUUGCAGAACCAGGAGUACAAUCCCGCCAAAGGCCCGGCGGCGCCCGGCAGGCUUCAGACCAGGAAGAGCCAGCCGGGGGCCGACAAGGUCAAAGAGGCCACCGGGACCCCGACCCCCCGGGUCCAAGCCCGGCUGGAGCCCAGCGGCGCGCUGACGGAGGUCCCGACCCCGCUGGAGAGGUCGGAGGGCAAGAAGGCCAAGAUGAACGACAUGAGCACGGGCGAGGACGAGAGCUGCUCCGACUCUGACCAGGACCCCCCCUACGUGGUCGGGGGGGUUCGUGCCGUCGCCUCCCAGAACCUGAACCAGGACUGGAAGCCCACGCGGAGCCUCAUAGAACACGUGUUCGUCACGGACGUCACCGCCAACCUGGUCACGGUCACGGUGAAGGAGUCGCCGACCAGCGUGGGCUUCUUCAUGCGCCACUACUGAUGGGGGG